UCUAAAACGUAGUGUGUAGGCAGUAGUGUAGUGGCUAUAUACUUGAUACUUUUUGUGCCGUCCGCCGACUCCGCGGUUUUGAUUUUACAUUCGAUACAUCGACUUAAGGUGUAUAUAUAUAUAUUUCACGAAUAAGAUGGACACCAUGAAGAAAAAUUGGUUUACGGAAUCUUGUGAAAUGUGGCCUGGAAGCACAUUCUCAUUUGAAGUGAAAGAAGUCUUAUACCAUGAGAGAUCCCAGUUCCAAGAUAUCCAAGUUUUUGAUACCACCAGCCUUGGCAAAGUUCUCGUACUGGACGGAAUUAUUCAAUGCACACAGAAAGAUGAAUUUUCUUACCAAGAGAUGAUAUCGUUCCUGCCUCUUUGUUGCCAUAAAAAUCCAGAGAAGGUGCUCAUUGUGGGAGGUGGAGAUGGUGGUGUCGCCAGGGAUGUAGCAAAACAUCCUAAAGUCAAGGAAAUUGUACAGGUAGAAAUCGACGCAAAAGUUAUAGAAGUCUCCAAGAAGUACCUUCCAUUUAUGGCUGUUGGUUUUGAAAGCAAAAAGCUGACUUUACAUGUAGGGGAUGGUUUCGAAUUUAUGAAGAACCAUAGUCACGAAUUCGACGUUAUUAUAACAGACAGCAGCGAUCCUAUUGGGCCUGCUGUCAGCCUAUUCCAAGAAAAUUACUUCGCAUUAAUGAAAAGUGCAUUGAAACCUAAUGGUAUAGUUUGUUCGCAAGCGGGAACCUUCUGGGACAGUAUGGGUCUAGUUAAAAAUACACUCCGUUUUUGUAAAAAUCAAUUUCCAAUUGCUGCGUACGCAACAACUUCAGUUCCUACCUAUCCGUGCGGUCAAAUCGGCUUCGUGAUUGGCUCUUUAGACGAAAGCGUUAAACUUGAUCAACCAACGACAAAAUUCUCGCACGAAGAAAUAAAAAGUAUGAAUUUGAGGUACUAUAAUAGUGACAUCCAUAAAGCUGCGUUCUCACUUCCUUCGUUUGUUAAGAAUGAAAUUGAAUCUUAAUUUUAUGAAGAUACUUUUGUACUUAUUCAAUAUGCAUUUAUUUUUACAUUAUCGAUUCAUUGGUGGAUCCAUUUAUAAAUCUUUAUGCAAAGCUCGAAUCGAAUCUAGUUUUAAGUGUUUUAAUUAAUUAUUUUAUAUUCUGUGCCUUCUAAUAAAUGAGGAGAAGAUUUUUUGUAAUGCCUAAUUGAAAGUACUAUUAAACAUAAAACGUUUACCAGAUAAUACAGUGCGUUUGGAAAAGGUUUUAGUGUAAAAUAUUUUUAUAUUAUAAGGAGCUGCGUUUCGCAGUUUCACCGUCUUUAAAUUUAGACUAUUAACGUGACAAGCGUGAAUUGAAUGUUCUCGUAAUAUAUAGACUGAAUAAUACUCGGAGAUGUUUAUACUUUAAUACAUUCCAGAACAUUCCAUAUUUUUUAUACAUAUAUUUAUAUACUAGCCUAAAUUUUAAAAAAGUUUGAUGCAUAUAAAAAUAGUAGUAAGUACGUAAUUAUUGUGAUACAUAAAUCGAAAUACAUAUUUUUGUAUAUUGUUGCAUAUAUUAUAUUUACUGUUAAA